UAAAACCGCCAUCAAAUAAAUUAAUCAUAAGGAAGGGAAGAGUUUACUCGGCCGCUAUUUUCCGUGCGCGGAAUCAGUGGUCUAAAGUAGACACUGUUUUGCAAAUUAUGGUCGGUUUUCUACAACACCCGGUCAACCAAUGAUUUUACUCCAGAGCGAGGAUGAAUCAGCGUUCUGGUAUUGAGAUGUUGAUAAGAAUCUAUCUUCUACUCGCCCUCUCUCCGAUCGUAUCUCACGGGUUGGAUUACUGCACUCUCUUCUCUACUCGACGAAAUGCGUCUUCGAGUUGUCUUUACCACAUCUCUACGUCGAAUCUUACCCAAGAAGCCAAUCACACGUACAUCAAAGUAAGGCUCGAAAGAAAUAGCCUGCACAAUGGGACAAGCUUUUUCGUCUUCGUGACGAGUUCGGACACCAUGGGGUACGGGCGAGGCCGCUUUGUCGGCCUACCCCAGUACGCAAGGAGCUUGGAUUGCAACACUUCACAGUUUGCAGGUGGUUUUGAGGCAAAUUCAAGUUUGCAUCGCAUGAUUUUCACCUGGCGAAUGCAGGGUACUGGCUCCAGUGUGGUAUUCAGAUUGCUAACGACAAGUGAUAACUCCACGUGUGUAAAGGAAUCCAGAAUUAUCAAUAAUAUUCCAGCUAAAUAUCCUCCAACGACCCAUCAACCACAGCCUAAAACCAAAGAAUCAUGUGCUAAAGACCAUUUCAUGUGUGGCUCGGGAGAGUGCAUCCUCUCAUCUUCAGUCUGUAAUCGUAAACAAGAUUGCCACGACGCCUCGGACGAGACAGACCAACAAUGUAAAGCAUCAUCCGAGUCCUGGACCACGUGGUUACGUAAUGCUGGCGUGAGCGUGGCUGUGUUAGUCGUCAUGAUCUUGUUUUUCUAUUUUCUUUACAAAACAUACGUGCGUAAGCAAGAGCGCAAGCGCGCCGAGCUGCCCCUGCUCGGCCACCCCUCACCAAAAACCAACCACGUGUCAGGGAUAACAAUCAGCCCCAGUCCCUUGCUGGGGAGGCCCCGGCCUGCGAGGAGCUUGAUGGACUUGCAGCGUCAGGAGAAACCGCGUGAGACUGGGGUCAAGUACGCUCGGAGUAUGAUUGACGUGACAGAUCGGAGCGAAAUGGCUUCCAAGAGUCCAAAGACUAGUUUCCAUGGCAGCGCGGGAAAUGUUGCGUAUAAGACGGGAAAGUCGUCGCCGGAGUCUAGCAGUACGCGUGCGCGGAAUGACAGUUUUCUAAGUCCGCUGGCUAAACCAAACGAUAAACCGCACAAUGGUGGUGGGAGUAACAAUUAUCUUAGUCUCCCUAGCUAGCUGAGUACUAUCUAAGCCUAUGCUUUCAAGACUGUUAAAUAACAUUUUACAUGAGACUUCUAGUCAGUAUGUUGAGCCUUAACAUACCAGGGUACCGGUACCUGACAGGUCGUUGGACUCUUCGGAAAGAGACUUCUCUAUCUGGUGACCUAUCAACGACGAUAGCGUAUCGGGAAGCAUAAAGAGGCAGUAUUGACUAAAAUUUUUGAUAUUUUAUAGAUAGGUUGUUAAAAAAAGGACAGCAAAACAAACUUGCAAAUAGAACUUUUCAAGUACUUUGAGCGGUGAAAUGGAUUCUCUCGCAGGAUUACAAAGUUCACAUAGCGUGUUGAUUCUUUUGUCAAAAAUGGUGUCGACAUUAGUAAAAUAUUGUUAAUCGCC